GAUAGUUUCUCUCUUUUGCUUCAGUGGAGGUUCUGUUUUCACAGAGUUUGUGGAGAACUGUGUGCCAUUCUUAUCUAGAAGCUUUUGUUGGACUGGCAAAGAUGGAGUCUCAGGUGCGUCAGAACUUCCAUCUGGACUGUGAGGCUGCUGUCAAUCGCAUGGUGAACUUGGAGUUGUAUGCUAGCUAUGUCUACCUGUCCAUGUCUUGCUACUUUGACCGUGACGAUGUGGCCCUGAGGCAUAUGGCCCAGUUCCUGAAGGAGCAGUCGCAUGAGGAGAGGGAGCAUGCAGAGAAAUUUCUGACCUACCAAAACAAGCGAGGGGGACGCAUUGUCCUGCAGGACAUCAGGAAGCCCGAGCGGGAUGAGUGGGGGAACAGCCUGGAGGCCCUGCAAUGUGCCCUGCAGCUGGAGAAGGCUAUAAACCAGGCUCUGCUGGACCUGCAUAAGCUGGCUACAGAGAAGAAUGACCCCCAUCUUUGGGACUUCCUGAAGUCUGACUACCUGGAGGAGCAGGUGAAGACCAUCAAGCAGUUGGGAGACCACCUCACCAACCUGAAGCUCCUGGGAGUGCCCCAGAAUGGCAUGGGAGAGUACCUGUUUGACAAGCACACCCUGGGGGAGUACAGCUGAACUACUUACGACCAGGGAUUCUUGUCAUGCUGGCUGUUAUAAA